AUGAAUGUCUCCGACCCUGUCGACCAGGCAGAGAUCGCCAAGUCCAAGGCCAUCGCCCACGAUAUCGUGGACGAGAAACACAACCUCGCCAUCAGUGAGAAGCAGGACUUCAGCAUUGAGCCUGUUUCCCAAUCCUAUGUCGGUGACGACGAUGACUUGAAGACAACCCCAACCGAUGAGGAGUUGGCUACCCUGCGUCGUGUCUCUGGAAAGCUACCCUGGCAGACGUUUACCGUCGCUUUUGUCGAGUUGUGUGAACGUUUCUCCUACUAUGGAACGACAGCAGUUUUCGUCAACUUUAUUCAACGCCCUUUACCCGGAGGCUCCACCACCGGUGCUCUCACGACUGAUUUCUCCAAUGGUGUGCCAGGUGCUCUGGGUAUGGGGCAACGUGCCUCAACUGGAUUAACCUUGUUCAAUCAGUUCUGGUCCUACAUUAUGCCCCUCGCUGGUGCUUGGGUCGCUGAUCAAUACUGGGGUCGUUUCCGCACCAUCUUCGCUUCCAUCGCCUGCGCUCUUGUCGGCCAUACUAUCCUAAUCAUCUCUGCCAUCCCCCAGGUCAUUUCGAAGCCCGGUGGCUCGAUUGGUGCUUUCUCUAUUGGACUGAUCCAACAUCUCCCCCUCAUCGCAGAGCAGUAUCCCGAUGAGAAACCCUUCAUUAAGACCUUGAAGAGUGGAGAACGCGUGAUUGUCGACCCUGCUGCGACUAUUGCUCGCAUCUAUCUCUACUUCUAUCUCAUGAUUAACAUCGGCUCUCUGACCGGUCAGAUCAGCAUGGUUUAUGCAGAGCGCUACAUCGGGUUCUGGCUAUCCUACCUGCUUCCCACCUGCAUGUUCUGCUUGUGCCCACUGGUGCUGAUCCUUUGCCGUAAGAACUAUAACCUCGUCAAACCCACUGGAUCUGUCUACGGAAAGGCAUUCCGUCUCUGGAGGCUCGCGAUGAAGGGUCGUUUCAGCUGGAACCCCAUCAAUUGGUUCAAGAGCAACGGCACUAGCAGCGACCGUGAGUCCUGGGACCAUGUCAAGCCAAGCAGACUGGGCGACAACAAGCCGGAGUGGAUGACCUUCGAUGAUGCGUGGGUGGAUGAGGUGCGCCGUGGUCUCAAAGCCUGCCAGGUCUUCCUCUGGUAUCCGCUGUACUGGCUGGCCUACAACCAAAUGCUGAACAACCUGACCUCCCAAGCCGCAACCAUGAGGUUGGGUGGCGUCCCCAACGACGUUGUCAACAACCUCAACCCAUUUGCUUUGAUCAUCUUUAUCCCCAUAAUGGACCGCUUCGUUUAUCCAGGUCUUCGCAGAAUGGGAUUCAACUUCACCCCACUUAAGCGAAUUACAGCUGGUUUCUUUGCUGCCGGACUUGGCAUGAUCGUUGCAACCGUGACCCAGUACUACAUUUACAAGGUUGGACCUUGCGGAAAGGAAGCCAACUACUGCUUGGAAGUCGAGGGCAAAUACAGUGACAUUUCGGUCUGGGUACAGGCACUGACCUACAUUCUUGGUGGUCUUUCCGAGAUUUUCGCGUCGGUGACAUCCCUUGAAUAUGCCUUCACCAAAGCCCCGAAGAACAUGCGUUCCCUCGUGCAGGCCGUGGCACUGUUCAUGAACGCCAUUUCUGCCGCUAUCGGACAGGCAAUGGUUGGACUGUCUGCUGAUCCUCUACUGGUGUGGAACUAUGCCCUUACCGCAAUUCUUGCGUUCAUCGGCUGCGCUGGCUUCUGGCUGACCAACUACAAGUUGGAUCGUGAGGAAGAUAAGCUCAACAUGCUGCCUACUGGCAGUGGAUUUGAGGCAAGGGCCGAAGAGGAUACGGAGAGAAGGUAG